CCCGCUGCUGCUCCUGCCCUCCCGGCUGCGCUCGCCGUCCCGCCCGGCCGCCCCGCGCGGCUCCUUCCCUCUAUGGAUGGGAAGGCAGCACCCAACGGCGUGGCCACCAUCGAGGACAGGAUCCUGCGCAUCACCGGCUACUAUGGAUAUUACCCGGGAUACUCCAGCCAGAAAAGUGCCUCACGAUCAUCUGUCAUCCAAUGCAAGCCAGGAGGCAACUGCCCCAGCAGACACAGAGGCAUGACUAGGCAGCUCUCCCCUCUAUCUGUUGCUGAAGAUUCUGCUGCUCCCAUUCUUGAGCUGCAGAAUCGAAGUCCCUCGGGAAUCUGUCGGCACAGCAGAGUCGAGAGGCAGAGCAGAUCAGGAGAAGAAGGAGCACAAACGCACACAGAGAGCAGCAGCCAGGAAGCUGAAGGACAGACACGAUGCCAGUCUUGCACAUCCACAUUUCUCAAGCUAAUCUGGAGAUUCCUGAUCAUUUUGUCCGUCUCUUCCUCCUGGGUUGGGACCACGCAAUUUGUGAAAAUCACUUUUGAGACCUUUGACUGUCCCUUUUUCAUGACUUGGUUCUCAACAAACUGGAACAUUAUGAUUUUUCCCAUUUAUUAUUCCGGGCACCUUGCAACUGCGCAGGAAAAGCAAUCUCCAAUCAAAAAAUUCAGGGAAUGCAGUCGGAUUUUUGGUGAAGACGGUCUGACGCUGAAACUCUUUCUUAAAAGGACUGCUCCCUUUUCUAUUCUGUGGACUUUGACUAACUACCUGUAUUUACUGGCUUUAAAGAAGCUCACAGCCACAGACGUCUCUGCCCUGUUCUGUUGUAACAAAGCUUUUGUCUUCUUGCUUUCUUGGAUUGUGCUCAAAGACAGGUUCAUGGGAGCAAGGAUAGUGGCAGCAAUCAUGGCAAUCACAGGGAUUGUAAUGAUGGCAUAUGCAGAUGGUUUCCAGGGUGAUUCCAUAAUCGGGGUGGCCUACGCCGUGGGAUCGGCCUCCACGUCUGCACUCUACAAGGUUUUGUUCAAAAUGUUUCUUGGGAGUGCAAACUUUGGGGAAGCAGCUCACUUCGUGUCCACCCUGGGCUUCUUCAACUUCAUCUUCAUCUCCAUCACCCCCAUCAUCCUCUACUUCACCAAAGUGGAGUUCUGGUACCCCUUCUCUGCUGUGCCGUGGGGUUACCUGUGUGGAGUAGCUGGCCUCUGGUUGGCUUUCAACAUCCUGGUUAACGUUGGGGUGGUGCUGACCUACCCCAUCCUGAUCUCCAUCGGCACCGUGCUCAGCGUCCCUGGGAAUGCAGCCGUGGACCUGCUGAAGCACAAGAUGAUCUUCAGCGUGGUGCGGCUGGGCGCCACCAUCAUCAUCUGCGUGGGCUUCCUGCUCAUGCUGCUGCCCGAGGAGUGGGACGAGAUCACCCUGAGGUUCAUCAACAGCCUGAAGGAGAAGAAGAGCGAGGAUCACUCCGAGGACAUCACGGAAUCCAGCGUCCACACGAGGAGCAGGAGCAGAGCCAACGGGACAGUGUCCAUCCCGCUGGCGUAGGGCUGGAGGGCUCUCCCUGUGUAUUCUGUGAAUAUGGCUGAACUCUCCUCACCACCUGUAUGCUUCAAACAAUGUCAUCCAACCUGAGCAGGGGGUGAGCUGUAACAUAAGAGAAAUACAUCUAUAAUAAAUGUUUACAUUUAUACACUUAACAAGGAACGGGUGUAAAUAACUACAAUAAAAUCUUUUAUAAUAAACAAACGUUUAAGCUUGUGUCUUUCAGGGCUGGUGAGUUUAAAAUGGGGGUGAAAUUUGCAUUGUUUAUCUCUCUUUACUGGUAGAAGUAGAGCCAUUUCGGAGGAUACAAAUCGUGAAUAUUUCCAGCUAAAUCUCAAAAUUUAACAUCUUGAUUUAUUUCAGAUGAAAGGCCCUUUCAGCAAGGCAGCAUUUUCAACUGCUUGGAAAAGCAUUUAAGACCUCUCCUAGAAUUUGGAGAAUUCAUUUCUGAAAGGCACUGAUGUUUGCAUUGGUAUUCCCAAUUAUUAUCAGAAUAAAUAUUCCAUUAUGUGCAGAAUAUGAGGCCUCUCCUCCCAGACCACACUAAGCAAUGCUUCUUUCCAAGAUCACCUUUAUAGAAGAGGUGCUGGAAUUUGGAUAAAUUUCCUUUCAGGAAAGGGAAUGAAAUCUGGAGAUUUCAAUGAAGAUUCAUUGGGAAGCCUUGGCUCCCUUUCCCUGCUCUUCUUGUCAUCCUAUUCAUGUUUACUGUUUUCCCUUGCUUUCAAAAUUUUCCUCUAUUAUUUGUUCUGAUUUCAUUUCUUCCAAUUCUUCUCCUUUCUCUUUAUUAACAUUUCUACCCUGAUUUCAUGAAUGGAAUUGGAGAAAUUUGGCAAAUUUUGGU